ACUCCUCCAGUUCAUGUUCUCUCUCUCUCUCUCUCUCUCUCUCUCUCUCUCUCUCUCUCUCUCUAUUUAUCUGUGGGCCUGUGGCAAGUUCAAUAUUAUUGGAAAGGGUUUGAUUUGCUCUGAUUUCUAAAGCACUCAACAGAGAGUUCAAGUUCAGAGAUCAAAGAAGUGUGCAUGUUGUUUUGAAGAGGAUAGAUGGCUACACUUAGUAAUAUAAUGGUUGCAGCAGCAAUCAAUAUCCUCAGUGCAUUUGCCUUCUUUGUGGCAUUUGCUGUACUUCGCAUCCAGCCUCUCAAUGAUAGAGUCUACUUUCCAAAAUGGUAUUUAAAGGGUUUAAGAAGCAGUCCGUCUCGCGCUGGUGUUUUCGUGCAGAAAUUUGUCAAUUUGGACUACCGGUCAUAUGUGGCGUUUUUGAAUUGGAUGCCAGCUGCUCUGAAAAUGCCGGAACCUGAGCUUAUUGACCAUGCAGGAUUGGACUCUGCUGUUUAUUUGAGGAUAUACUGGACAGGGCUUAAAAUUUUUGUUCCAAUCGCAUUUCUUGCUUUCACAAUCAUGAUUCCGGUUAAUUAUACCAAUGGUACUUUACAGCAUUCCAAUCUAGUAUACAGCGAUAUAGACAAGCUUUCUAUCUCAAACGUUCCAAAUGCAUCACAUAGAUUCUGGACCCAUUUAUUGAUGUCCUAUGUCUUUACCUUCUGGACAUGUUAUGUGUUGAAAAAGGAGUAUGAGACAGUUGCUUCCAUGAGGUUGCAUUUCAUUCAAUCAGAAAAUCGGCGCCCUGAUCAAUUUACGGUACUUGUCAGGAAUGUGCCACCAGACCCCGACGAAUCAGUUAGUGAGCUUGUGGAGCAUUUUUUUCUUGUCAACCAUCCAGAUCAUUAUCUCACUCAUCAGGUUGUAUACAAUGCAAACGAACUUACAAAAUUAGUCGAGGAGAAGAAGAAAAAGCACAACUGGCUUGACUACUAUCAGCUCAAGUUUUCUAGAAACCAAUCAAAGAGACCCUCUGUGAAGACUGGUUAUCUUGGCUUUUGGGGAGAGAAGGUGGAUGCAAUUGAUUUUUAUAAGUCUGAGAUUGAGAGACUAUCAGAAGAAAUAUCAAAAGAGAGAAUGAGGAUUGCUAAAGACCCUAAAUCUAUCAUGCCAGCAUCAUUUGUUUCUUUCAAAGAUCGAUGGGGAGCUGCCGUUUGUGCACAAACUCAACAAUCCAGAAACCCAACUAUAUGGUUAACUGAAUGGGCUCCAGAACCCCGUGAUGUAUAUUGGUGUAACCUGCCGAUUCCAUAUGUUUCACUAACAAUCAGGAGGUUGAUUAGUGGUGUUGCAUUCUUCUUCCUCACCUUCUUCUUCAUGAUUCCCAUAGCAUUUGUACAGUCCCUUGCUAACAUUUCAGGAAUAGAGAAAACAGCUCCCUUCCUUAAGCCCAUAGUUGAAGAGAAGUUUUUCAACUCAAUUAUCCAAGGUUUUCUUCCAGGAAUUGCUCUGAAGCUUUUUCUCAUUUUCCUACCCAGUGUAUUGAUGCUAAUGUCCAAGUUUGAAGGAUACUGUUCCAUAUCAUCAUUAGAGAGGGUAUCUGCAAGUAAAUACUACAUAUUUCUAUUCAUUAAUGUAUUCCUCGGAAGCAUAAUUACCGGCACUGCGUUUCAGCAACUGAACAAUUUCAUACACCAGUCAGCAAACGAAAUCCCAAUGACUAUUGGUGUCUCAAUCCCAAUGAAAGCAACCUUUUUUAUAACGUAUAUUAUGGUUGAUGGGUGGGCUGGAGUUGCUGGGGAGAUUCUAAGGUUGAAACCCUUGAUUUUCUAUCACUUGAAAAACUUCUUCCUUGUGAAGACUGAAAAAGAUCGGGAAGAGGCAAUGGAUCCUGGAAGCCUAGGUUUCAACACGGGCGAACCUCAAAUACAACUCUACUUCUUGCUUGGCCUUGUUUAUGCUGUAGUGACACCAAUACUACUUCCCUUCAUCAUAAUAUUCUUUGGCUUGGCAUAUGUUGUGUAUCGUCAUCAGAUUAUAAAUGUCUACAAUCAGCAGUAUGAGAGCGCUGCAGCAUUUUGGCCUGAUGUUCAUGGUCGCAUCAUAACUGCACUAGUUGUCUCACAAUUACUUCUAAUGGGAUUGUUAAGCACAAAAGAAGCCGCACAAUCGACGCCGUUGCUCAUUACACUCCCAGUUUUAACAGUAUGGUUUCAUAUAUACUGUAGAGGUCGUUAUGAACCAGCUUUCAUCCGAUACCCAUUACAGGAAGCAAUGAUGAAAGAUACCUUGGAACGAACCCGGGAGCCAAACUUGAACUUGAAAGAAUACCUUCGAAGUGCUUACAUCCACCCAGUCUUCAAACAGGAGGAUGAUAGUGAUAGCGAUAGUGAGAGUGAUGUAGGUACUGUCAACUCAGACCGCGAGCCAGAGCUCGUCCCUACUAAACGCCAGUCACGGAGGAACACACCGUUGCCAAGCAAGCACAGUGGGUCUUCUCCACCCUCCAUCUCCGAAGUUCAUGUAAAUUGUCAGCCAUGACAUCUAACCGGCAUAUGUACAUUUCCCAAUUUUUUCCGUUAUUUAUGCUCCUAUAAAGGUCUUGAGGUAGAAUUUGCGGUGUUGUUGGAACAGUUUUUUGCUUCGGCAACUUCGCCUAUUGGUGUGGUGGAAAUUUUGUAGUAAAAGAUUGGGAUGUAUAUAAAGCAGCUUGAGGUUUUCUUGAGAUUUUCUGGGCCAGUCUCAUUAAGAUUUGUGAAAUUGGAUGAGUUUUAUGUGAUUGGAA